UGACCAACAAACAAACCGUCUUCCGAUUUAAUCGCUUCAAUGUGUCCACUUCUUUGAAACUGUCUAAUAAUUGUUUUUCAACAAACAAAGCUUCUGCAAAAUCUUUCAACAAAGAAAAAAGUGAUAUUAUUAUAUAUUGAUAUUCAAUUAUAGUGCAACCUUCCUCUUCAAUGGGAGAUAGAAAAGGAGAUCUUAGAAUAUAUGUCAUCUCUUGUUUUUUCUUUGCAUGCACAAUUGGAGGAGGAAUCUUCCUUUGCAUGUACAUAUUCCUCCCAGAUUCAGAAGCUGUAUCAUGGUAUCUCUUUGUAGGUAUGGCAAUGGUAGCAAUUCCAUGGAUCUCUUGGUUCACCAUCUUUAUAUAUAGAUGCAUUAGACCUAGUGAUGUUCAAGAGCACCAUAAUAAUAACAAUCAUGGUAAAACUACUACAAUUUGGACACCAAAAUCUCCACAAACAACUAGCCCCGGUGAUGCAAAAUCGCCCGGCGAUUCCCCUGACGGAGGCGGUGGAGAGCGUCGCGUUCAAUUCGGCGCGGUUGUAGAGAUGGGAGAUGUCGGGGAAGGAAAUCAUAACAAUAAAAAUGUUGUUGAUGAUCAUCAUGAGUAUAAGAUAGAACAAGAAAAACCACCAUUGGUAAUGGUUGAACACUAGUUUAGAGAAAAUGAAAUUACAUUAUAAAAAAAGUGUUGAUGGAUUGUAUGCAUGCAUGCAUGCAUGGUGAUGAUGUACAUUUAGGUGAAUUGAUGCAUACAUGAUGUAAGAUAAUUAGGUCAUAGUGAUGGUGAAUUAGAUGAGUGACUCAAUGAGACAUGAUAAACCAUUUAGGAAAGAGUCCACAUUAACAUGAAUGGUAUAUAUAUGUUAUUGAGUAGUGAUUCUAAUGAUACUUUGAAAAGGACAAUUAAGGGUUUAGAUUCUCCAAUGGUAUGUAAUUAUAUGUACUGAUUUAAUGAUAUUUUUUGAUCCAGAUCACUGGU